AUGCUGCCUCGCACCGCCUUGCCCACGCUUUAUAUAGAGAGGUUUUCUCUCCAUUAAUCGCAUAGCGAGUCGAAUCGACCGAAGGGGAGGGGGAGCGAAGCUUUGCGUUCUCUAAUCGCCUCGUCAAGAUGCAGAUAUUCGUUAAGACCCUCACUGGCAAGACCAUCACCUUGGAGGUUGAGUUCUCCGAUACGAUUGACAAUGUGAAGGCUAAGAUUCAGGACAAGGAGGGCAUCCCUCCGGACCAGCAACGCCUUAUCUUCGCUGGCAAGCAGCUUGAGGAUGGGCGUACUCUCGCGGAUUAUAACAUCCAGAAGGAGUCCACCUUGCACCUUGUCCUCCGCCUUCGUGGAGGCAUGCAAAUAUUCGUGAAGACCCUCACCGGCAAGACCAUUACCCUGGAGGUCGAGUCCUCCGACACGAUCGAUAAUGUGAAGGCCAAGAUCCAGGACAAGGAGGGAAUCCCACCAGACCAGCAGCGUCUCAUCUUUGCUGGGAAGCAGCUCGAGGAUGGCCGCACCCUUGCAGACUACAACAUCCAAAAGGAAUCCACCCUGCACCUUGUCCUGCGCCUCCGGGGCGGUAUGCAGAUCUUUGUGAAGACCCUUACUGGCAAGACGAUCACCUUGGAGGUUGAGUCCUCUGACACGAUCGACAAUGUGAAGGCCAAGAUCCAGGACAAGGAGGGUAUUCCACCAGACCAGCAGCGGCUCAUCUUCGCUGGCAAGCAGCUUGAGGACGGCCGCACCCUUGCUGACUAUAACAUCCAGAAGGAGUCCACCUUGCACUUGGUCCUCCGCCUUCGUGGAGGUAUGCAGAUCUUCGUGAAGACCCUCACCGGCAAGACCAUCACCCUGGAGGUUGAGUCGUCUGACACGAUCGACAAUGUGAAGGCCAAGAUCCAGGACAAGGAGGGUAUUCCACCAGACCAGCAGCGCCUCAUCUUCGCUGGCAAGCAGCUUGAGGAUGGUCGCACCCUUGCAGAUUACAACAUCCAGAAGGAGUCCACCCUGCACCUUGUCCUGCGCCUUCGUGGAGGUAUGCAGAUCUUCGUGAAGACCCUCACUGGCAAGACCAUCACUCUGGAGGUUGAGUCCUCUGACACCAUCGACAACGUGAAGGCCAAGAUCCAGGAUAAGGAGGGCAUCCCUCCAGACCAGCAGCGCCUCAUCUUCGCCGGCAAGCAGCUCGAGGAUGGCCGCACCCUUGCCGACUAUAACAUCCAGAAGGAGUCCACCCUGCACCUUGUCCUGCGCCUCCGUGGUGGUCUCUGAGCGUGUGCUGUGGUGCAGCAUUGGACUUCAUUAUACCUAUGCCGCUCGUCUGUCAUAUCAUCGUGUCAUGGUUGUGUUGUGUUCUGGUUUAGAGUCCCUAAGUUGUGUUGAUACUAUUAUCCAUACUAGUACAAUUUGCUUCACUGUGCAUCGGUACCAAUCGAUGAUAUUAUCAUUCUACUUCUGUUAAUGUUUCUGAGAUGUUUGAUCCGAGAUGAGAUUCUGUUUGUGCAUUGCUCA